AUGCCAUAUUACAAGUUAAAAGAGGAACUUGUUCGGAGGACGUCUAUGUCACGGCAAAAGAAAUUGUCGCAGCUUUUACAUGAGGAACAAUUGGGAGACAUCAAGACGUCGCAAUUUUUACGUCGUUUGCAGCAUCUAGCUGGAGAAGGUAAUGAGGAUGGCAUUAUGCGUCAUAUUUUUCUCCAGCGUUUGCCCUCUGAUUAUCACGCCGUUUUAGCCGCGGUGGGUGAAGAUGCACCCGUCGAAAAGCUGACUAAAAUAGCAGAUAAUGUAGGUGACCUAACUUCGGGAUGCACUGCUCCCGUUUUUGCCGUACAGACGCAAGAGCCAGAUCCACUGGCUAGACUCUUGGAGGGACAACGAAGGUUAGAGGCUAGGAUGGAAGACUUAGAGAGACGGUUGCAGAAGAUUAGCGUUCUCCGCUUCCAAAGGAAAAGCCUAGGCUGGCGACCGGAGGCGACUCGGUGCGCCGGCUUGGGAGAUGUUUGUCGCUUACUAUUUGUUUCGGACCGCGCUACUGGUACACGUUUUCUCGUAGACAGUGGUGCGCAAAUAUCUUUAAUUCCUGCCACUAGGGCAGACAAGUUAAAAGGCCCUCACAAACUUACCUUACAGGCCGUGAAUAAGUCGCUCAUCCAGACUUAUGGUCAGAGGUGCCUUACAUUGAAUUUGGGUCUGAGACGGGUUUUCCCCCAUUUCUUUAUCCUUGCGGAUGUAGAGAAGGCCAUAUUGGGUGCAGAUUUUUUACACAAAUUUGGUCUUCUCAUUGAUGUUCACAGACGUUGUCUGACAGACCCUAAGACAAAUACUCAAUCGCCGGGAGCCAUUCAUAAUUUAAUUCCAUUAUGUCCUACUGUGGCUAACACAGAAGAUAACCCUAUGUCCUGUGAACUUUUACAAAAGUUUGAGAGUAUUACUAAACCGGCUUUUCACAAAGAUAUUUUACCCCACAAUAUAACACACUACAUUGCUACUAGCGGUCCUCCUGUUCACAGCCGUCCUCGUCGUCUGGCACCGGAAAAAUUGAGUGUGGCGAAAGCGGAAUUUACCCAAAUGAUGGAACUUGGUAUUAUCCGGCCAUCAAAGAGUAACUGGGCAUCUCCUUUACACCUGGUACCCAAAAGUGGUGGUACUUGGCGCGCUUGUGGUGAUUAUAGGGCAUUCAACUCUGCCACUAAACCUGACCGUUAUCCCAUUCCUCUUAUACAUGAUGUAACGGCCAUCAUUCAGGAUAGGUGCAUAUUUACUAAAUUAGACCUUAUCGGGGCCUACCAUCUUUGA